UACACGCUGACCCCUGUGUACUGUGCAGACUAGAGCAGGUAAGCGAUCCUCCUGCAUAUUCGGAACAAAGCCUCCUGCACCUGGCCUCAGCGCGGAAGGGAGACCUUAAGAAGCCCCUCAAAAAAGCGAAGUUUAUUCACCCCUGGGAGCUUGGCUUAUUCGGUCACGUUUUGUUGGAGAGAGAGAGAGAGAUCGGCUCAGCUCAGACAAGCCACUCCGCCUGUUCAAAAGCAUAGCUGUCUCCGGAAGGGAAUACACCACUGGAAGCAAGUGAUUCUGAGUCCGUGACAGAGCAGUGUGGAAAAUUAUAGUGGGAGAAUAACUCCGCGAUGCUGGAGCGAAGAUAGACGCUGGUGUCUUGUCUCACAAAACCUGACUUCAACAGUAUUCCAUGCCACAGAAUGCACAACAUGAGGAGUUGUAGUUGCAGAGUGCACCUCCUCAUCCCUUUGCUCCUUGGAAUUAUGUCAGCGAUACACACAAUGGAUUUGGAUAGUAUUCCCAGAAGGACAGUAUCACUGGAUGAUUCAUCUGAUUACAAGAGGUUCAGUCACAGCGUCUCCAACUACACCACACUCUGGCUGGAGGAGAGUCUUGGCCGUCUUUAUGUUGGGGCAAGAGGAGCCAUCUUUGCCCUCAACAUCAGCAACAUUAACGACAGCUCUACGAGAGUGAUGAACUGGGAAGUGCUGCCAGCCAAACGAAGGGAUUGCCUGGAGAAGCGAGGUUUUACUGAGAUUGACUGUUUUAACUAUGUUCGCUUUCUGCAAAGAUUCAAUAGGACUCAUUUAUAUACCUGUGGGACGUAUGCAUUUCAUCCCCACUGUGCUUAUAUUGAGAUUGAGAAUUUUGCAUUGUCACCUACCUUCGAGGGGAAAGAGAGAUGUCCUUAUGACCCCACAGUCGGAUACACGGGUCUCAUUGUAGACAAUAACAUCUACACUGCUACGCUGUAUGGAUUCCAUGGUAAAUUGGCAGACAUAAAGAGGAACUUUCAAAAGCGUUCCCUCAAGAUGGAUGAUUCCCUCCCUUACUCACUGAAUGAUGUAACCUUUAUCGACUCGGUCUUGGUGACGGAAAGUGUCAACAGCUCUGUGGGAGAUGACGACAAGAUUUAUUUCUUUUUCACGGAGAAACUGAACGAAGAGAACGCGUUUAACGGGAAGCUGCAAGUCACAAGGGUGGCUCGUGUCUGUAAGAGCGAUGAGGGAGGAAUGAGAAUAUUACAGAAGAAAUGGACGUCCUUCCUGAAGGCCCGGGUUGUCUGUUCCAUCCCAGAGUUUGGCUUCCACUUCAACAUCCUGAAGAGUAUCUAUGUUCUAGACCGAGGAAACUGGCAAGACACGAUAUUCUAUGGAGUGUUUUUAUCGCAAUGGCAAAAUAUCGAAAUCUCCGCUGUUUGCCAGUACACCCUUGCCAGCAUCCGGAAGGCAUUUGAAGGGCAGUAUAAAGAAGAUCAGGAAUCGCCGCGCUGGUGGUCUCGGUACAUGGGCAGACUUCCAGACCCUCGCCCAGGAUCGUGUAUCACAGACGAGUUCAGGAGAAAGGGCUGGAAUAUAUCCCUUGACCUGCCAGACAUUGUGCUGGACUUUGUGAAGAAGCACCCCCUGAUGGAUGAAGAGGUCAGACCUGUGGGAGGACGUCCGCUGUUUAUAAAGAGAAACGUGAACUACACCAAGAUUGUGGUGGACUCAGUCACCGCACUGGAUGGCAGGCAGUAUGAUGUGAUGUUCAUUGGCACAGUUAAUGGGUGGCUACACAAGGCAGUGACCAUUGGCUCCCACACCCACAUCAUUGAGGAGAUCCAGCUCUAUGAGGAAUCCCAGCCGGUGGAAAGUCUAGUACUCACCAGCACCCAGGGGAUGCUGUAUGUUGGAUCACAGAGCAGAGUACUCCAACUCGCUGUGGCACAGUGCCAGAAGUACUCAACGUGCUUCGAUUGUGUCUUGGCUCGGGAUCCUUACUGUGCUUGGGACGGCAGUGUUUGCCGAGGGAUUCAGCUGGACGAGGACAGGGCACAACUGAUUCAAGACAUUGUGACUGGGAAGAACAGGUGUACGGAGAGCAAUCGAGUUGCUCCAUUCCUAGUGAAGAGCAGGUGGGUGCAGCGUGGCACCGAUGUUUUUUUGCAGUGCACUCUCAGUUCGAACAUCGCCAUCGCCAGAUGGAAGGUCAAUGAGGAGGAAGUACUGGGGAACGAUGACAGACAUUACUACCUAGAAGAUGGCUCCCUGGUGAUUAAGGGGGUGCAGGAGGCUGACGAAGGGCAGUACAGGUGUUUCGCUGAGGAGAAUGGAGUGCGGUACCUAGUGGCCCUGCACAAUGUGAGCGUGGUGGACAACUAUGAGCCCAUCUCCCCACCGUCCGCCCCUCAGCGGCUGAUCUCCAAGGGCCGCGAGUUCAUCUACCUGGUCGUCAUCGCCGCCCUGGUCGCCCUCGCCUUCGUCCUGGCCACUCUGUCCAUCUACCUGUUCUGCUCGCCCUCCAAGAGGGGCGGCUACAACUUGCGGCUGCCCAGCCCCUCGCUGGUGGAGCUGCAGCACGUUUCGGGCUCGUGCAGCGGCGGGAAAGCCGAAGAUGGGGGGGAUUCCGGCCCCCCGUACGGCGGCGAGCGCAUCCUGAAGAUCAUCCCGGGCGAGGGGGCAACUCACCCGAGGGACCUGGGUGAGCCCCUCCCCCCACCUCCGCCACCACCUCCCCUCCCGCUGCCCUUCCCCCACGACUCGCCCCCACCUCCGGCCUCUGUCACCCCCAAUGGCCUCCCGCACGUGCUGAGGAAGAUGAACGGUAACUCCUACGUCCUGCUGCGUCAGGCCAGCGAGGUGGGCUCCGGCCUACCCCACUACCACUCGUUCACCGAGGAGCUGAGCAAGAUGCUGGAGAAACGCAAACACGCCCAGCUGGUGGAGAAACCGGACGAGAGCUCGGUGUGAGGCCGGGCCGGGCCGGGGGAAGGGUGGGGGAGGGGGCAGUUGGGGGAAGGGAAUGGGGGAGGGGCGGGGUGCAGAGGAGGGAGGUGAGGGGCACACCUCCCAGACUGCUGCGCCGCUACAUCUACCUCAGAAACUCGCCAAAGAUCCUCCGGCCUGGUUAGAGACAAAUAAAAACAAACUGUGGAGGCUGGAAUCCAAGGUGGACAGGCCGGAGGAACACAAUAAUCCAGGCAGCACCAGGAGGUGGAGGGGUUGAUGUUUCCGGUGUAACCCUUCUUCCUCAGGCAGCACCUUCCCAAACCCCAUGGCCGCUUCUGUCUGGAAGGAUGGAGUGGGAGCAGGGCAGCAGAUACCCGGGAACAUCACGGGCGCCCUGCACAUUCCCCGCCGAGCUGCUCGACUUGGGUAAGAUUUUGGAUGCUCCUUCGCUGUCACCAGAUCCUCAUUGUGGAAUUCCUCCCUGUCUGAGGGCAUCGGGGGUCAACCCACAGCAGGUGGACAGCAGCCGUUCAAGAAGGCAGCUCACCCCCACCUUCUCAAGGGGCAUCUAGGGAUGGGUAAUCAGUGGUGGGCCCAGACAGUGAUGCUGAUACAUUAUGAAUGAAUCAUGAAAGAAAUGUCAGUAUUUAAGGCUAAUCUGCUGCAGGAGGCUGACUCUAGCCUUGUCUGAAGGCCUUCUCUUUAUUCGGCCAAUCCGGGAUCUGAUUGUACAUAAAAGCAUUCACCUGUAAAUAACUCUGUGGCUUUAGUAUAACCUGUGGAUAUCAAUCAAAGGAGAGAUUUUAUAGAAAACCCACGAAGCUUUAAAACUGUGAAACACAGAAAGGAUAUCAGAGCGGGCAUCUCGAGUGUACCUUUGAUGUUUCAUCGACCGAAUGUUGUCACGCCCUUGAGCAGACCGGCCUUGAGGGGCUGAAUGGCCUCUCCUCCUGUUCCUGUGCAGCCCAGCAGGAAAAUCCUGUGAAAAUACAGGCAGCUACAAACAGGCAGGAGAACUGCAAUGGUGAGUUAGUGCUGAACCUGACAUGUCUAUGGAGUGUUGUUUUCAGAGAAUAGAAAUAGAUGGUAAAUAUAUUUUGGGCGCUCUGACAUAGAGACACUUUCACGGUGAUAAAUCAGACCGCCCAUCUCGCAAAGAGGAGUGUCAUAUGGAGCUGAAUUCCAGCCACAAAAUAAAAUCAAAAGAACUGCUGAUGCUGGAAAUCAGAUGCAAAAACAGAAAUUGCUGGAAAAAUUCAGCAGGUCUGGCAGUGUCUGUGGAGAGAAAAACUCAGAUCUGCUGAGUUUUUAAGCAAUACUGGGUCCGAACUGAAGUAUCAGUGUCUGGAGAUGAAAAUGCAUUGCUCAGUAUUAAAACUGUUCACUUAAUUAUAAUGUGUGUACCUUGCACCAACCAUUUUGCCAGCACUUCCAGAGAUUAUUCUGUAACAGAGAAGGGAUGAGGAGGGGAAAUAAUCUUUUAAAAUCACCUUUCUCCAUUUAACGAAGAGUUGCAAUGCUACAUCCUCUCAUGGCAGGGUGGGGGGUGCAGUUUGAAAUGAUGGGUCAUCCUCUGUUUGGAGUGAUAAGGAGGUUUUAUGUUCCCAUUAUCAUGAAGAGUUGGGGGCUUAGUGUCUGACAGGUACAGAUACAGGGAGGUGGGGGAAGAGCUGAAGAGAAGGGGGAAUGGGAAAUGUUUUAAUUAAUUCAUGGGAUUAAAGCAUCACUGGUUAGGCCAGCAUUUAUUGCCCAUAGGGAAGUUAAGAGUCAACCACAUUGCUGUGGGUCUGGAGUCACAUGUAGGCCAGACCAGGUAAGGAGAAAGUGAGAUCUGCAGAUGCUGGAGUUCAGAGCUGAAAAAGCACAGCAGGUCAGGCAGCAUCCAGGGAACAGGAGAUUCAAUGUUUCGGGCAUAAGCCCUUCUUCAGACCAGGUAAGGAUGCAGUUUCCCUCCCUAAAGGACAUUAGUGAAUUAGAUUGGUUUUUCCCGACAAUAGAUUUAUGGUCAUCUUUAAUUCCAGACAUUUAUUGAAUUUAAAUCCUGCUGUCUGCCUUGGUGGGAUUAUGAACCCAGGCCUCCGGGAUAUGGUCUGGGUCUCUGGUUUAACAGCCCUGCGAUAAUACCACUAGGCCAUUACCUCCUCUCAUUGGCUUGUUGUUGGUGAGGGGUGGGUUCCUAGGUGGCCACGUUUAGGGGCAGGGCGUUGAUGUGGACCAUAUGGUGAGGAGGGGAAUUAUUUCGAUAGUGGUUUGUGGUCUCCACUGCAGUUUGUUGUCCACCUCUGGCUGCAGGAAGUAGGUUAAAAAUCGAGCUGCCAACAUGUAACCUGGAGUCACAUGUAGCUCAGAGCCAUCGGGGUCAGCUAUUGGCCUCAACCCUUUUUCGAAGGCCAUUAAGAGACAAUCCAGUUCCAUGUGGUAGGUGCAUGGUGUUCUGUUGUACCUGGCAAUCUCCAAGCUGUUGAAACUUAAUUAUGUGGGACAGGAACAGCCCCAUUCAGUUCCAAUGGUUGGGCAAUGGGCAGAAGAACACAAAACACUGAAUUUUAUUUUUUAAAAUAGUAAGAUACGAGAUGUUGGUGUUCAGAAGGAUUUGAAUGUCUUUGCACAUGAAAUACAUAGGAAAAUACAGCACAUGCUCACUGCCAGAAGUUGGGUAGACAUAUUGUAAAUUUACUUUAUUGGGUGAGGGGUUGGGGUACAGGGAGAGCCUUAUGCACUUUAGUAGGGGCUUAGAGAGCCACCUCCUAGGUGACUGCUUGCAGUUUUUUCUCCUGAGUUAGGGAAAAGAUUUGAGGUAGUGCAGUUAAGGUUGGCUGUACUGUUUCCUAGUUUAAGAAGGUUCCUCAGUGAUUGAGUAGAUUGGCCAAUAAGCACCUGGAGUUUGGAGAAAUGAGAGAAGAUCUCAUUCCAAAACAUAAGAUUCAGGGAGGGCUUGGCACAAUCGAUCCUGAAAGGCUUUCUGCCCAGGAUUCAAGGAGUGGAUCCAUUGUUCUGAGGUCAAGGCUUUGUCAAUGGAGAGAAGCAGGAAGUGAGAGGGUUGAGAAUCUUUGGACUCCUGAGCCGCCCACCUCCAGGGGCCUGUGGAUCGAUCACUUGAAUGGGCUCAAAAGCCAUUUCAAACUCAAAGGAUCCAAGGCUUAUGGUAACUGGGUGGGAAGUGGACAAAGGUCAGAGGUGGGCCAUGAUCUUAUUGAAGGCCAGGAAACCUGAAGGGCUGUUUGGCCCGUUUCUGUUUUUCAAUUCCACAUGUGUCCCCUCCCGAUAAAUAAUCCACUCAGAUGGUGGUGGGAAGGUAAAGCUGCACUUACUUAUCAAAGACCCUCAUGAUUUUAUAAACCUCUAUCAGAUAACCCUCGGGCUCUGUCACUCCAGGGAGAAAGAGUCCCAGUCUCUCCUUCUGCUGCCCGUAUCUAUCAGGAAUUAGAGACCAGGUCCAUCUGACUGAAGCCUUUCAUAUCCAGCAGGAGGUGUUAGCCAAUCUGGCCAGAUAGAAUCCCGAGUGUUAGAACAGAAAAGUUGAGGUGGACCUUCUGAGAAGUGCCCUGAUUUUAAUUGUUGUUGGUGAAUAAGCUCUUUCAACCAAAGUUGAUUAUUUUGCUGAGUUAAUCCUCUUUGAACUGGCAGGCCAGGCCAUUGCAGGGUGUCAUUACCUGCGCGUUGAUAGCCUGCUCUCAAUCGGGGUGGUCUAAAAUAUCGCCAUGUGUUAACCCACAAAAAAAAAGAGAGGGAACAAAACAGUACCUUAGACAACCCUGAGCUACCAUUAGCACACAGCUAAAGAUUCAGCUAAGAAACAGUGCAACAAGACCUAAAUAUAGGAGCGAAAUAAUUUGUUAAAGAAAAUAAUUUUGUAAGAAAAUGAUAAUCUGUCACAAAACACAAUUAAACAUGAAAAAAACUUGAAUAUCAAAAAUCUCUUGAUGUGGAGAGUUCCUUUGUUGAGAGAAUCCGAUGAGUGUAUGGAUCAAUCUCAUUAACCCAUACUGGAGGGAGUAAAAAAUAAUUUGCUGUUUAAAUGUAUUGAUACAUGCUCCAUGUAUGUUCCUUAAUUUAUUCAUGGAAGGCUUUUGUUUCUUAAUUUGAUUUUACAUUAAAUUAAGAUGUUUCCACCCUUCA